AUGUCAGGUAGGACUGCCCUGUUCGGAAGGCCUCAGCAAUCUCAAACACGACAUUUACUGCAAUUCAAAGCAGGAAAAAUGACGAUUGGUGACGAUAAUUGGGUUCAUGCUGACCCGCGCAAGGGAUGGGUGUAUGUUUAUCAGUCCGGGGACGGAAAGUUACACUUCUGCUGGAUCGAUCGCAAGACGUUUCUUGUUGAAGAUAAUUUCGUCAUUAAUGCCAAACAGGCUGAGUUUCAAAAGAUUCCACAGUGUACAACGGGCAGAGUUUAUCUUCUUAAGUUCAAAGGUCCCAAACAUUUUUUCAUCUGGAUGCAAGAACCCAACGGAAAAAACGAUAGUGACAUUUGUUCAAGAAUAAACGACUACAUAAAGUCUCCACCCGCACAAACUACAACACUCUCAAGUGACUGGCUUAGUCGUUUUGAAAGUCUUAACCAACUUUCCCACAGCGAUAUUCUGGCUUUGUUGUCGAUGGGAGUAGGGCUUGGAAGUGGAUUGUCUUCGGAAUCUGAUGUAUCAUCUGCUCAAGCAAAUGCUGUGACAAUCGGGCGUCAUUUAAAUACGGGACACCUAGAUGAAUCUAAUGCAUCUACAUCUGUCAUUGGGACUACUGCUGCCACACCAUCUUCAGGGACUUCAUCUACCGGCGGUAACUCUCUACGCCCGUCUACAACCGAUAAACGACUUGAAGCUGGGAAAAUACAACUUCAGGACUUGAGAAAUAUCCUCUCAUCAAUCUCUACUGGGAUACGAAGUUCAUCAAAUGAUGCAAAGGUAGAAUUAAACGAUGUUUUAAACGUAGAUAACUUACACUCACUUUUGAAUAAGCCAGAUAUUCAAGAAAGAUUGUUACCUCAUCUUCCUCCUCUGGAUCCUGAAUCAGCGAGUACAACUGACUUGGAAAAUAUUACUGCAAACAUUCAGUCAUCUCAAUUCAAAACCACUUUGAAAUCCUUCUCAGCUGCUUUUCGAACAGGUGAACUUGCCCCGGUUUUGGCUCAAUUCAAUUUGGGUAUAAAAGCCGAUGAAGCUGCAAGACGAGGUGAUCUGGUGGCGUUUUCAAAUGCACUCCAAGGGAAAACGACUGAUACAACCUCUCAACCCUCAAAUGACAGCGGUUCAAAUGUCACCCAAAGUAUGACUUCUCAGGAAUCAUCAAAGGACAAGGCAGACAAUAAAAAGGAAGGGAAAACUACUUCAGAUACUAAAGCUGAUAAAAAGGAUGAGUCUUUUGAUGACAAUAAAAUGGACACAGAUUGACCAGUGUCAAAGCUGUAUUAGCUAAAACUUUAUUAGAUGUAUUCAUUACACUGCGUUAAAUCGACUGAUUGAGGUUGAUUAUAUAUAUAUAUAUAUAUAUAUAUAUAUAUAUAUAGCAAGAAUAUUUUGGCAUGCUUACACAGACGAACAAAAACUCAUUUUAACCUUAUCACUUGCAGAUUUGCUCUUUGACGAUUGUUUGUGCGUAUGUAUUCAGAGCAUCCAUGAAUUUUUCUGUCUUUUCUACAAUAUUUACAAAGUUAGUUUUUGAAUAAAAAUAAAAUUGAAGGCUAAUGUCUGUAACUUAUUUGUUUUUUCUCUACUACUGGUGAUAAUAAUAAUAAUAACAUUAAGAA